GAUAGUAUAGGAAGUACAAGAAACAUUUUUGUCUAGCUUCAUUUUGAUUACUAUAACGGCGCGUCACAUUAAUACACAAUACUGUAUUAACUUUGUUUUUUUUCAGAAGUUGUAAAUUGAUAAAGAUGUCUUACCCAGGAUACGGAGGGCAUGGAGGUUAUGGAGCACCUAUGCCAGGAGCUCCAACACAUGGGAUGCAAAUGGUAGCAGGACCAGGGGGAUACCAAGCCUAUGGGGCAUAUCCUGGAAGUUUUAGUGGUGCCCCAGUAAAUGACCCAAUGUGGAGUUAUUUUACUGCAGUAGCAGGACAGGAUGGUGAAAUUGAUUCUGAGGAGCUUCAGAGAUGCUUGACACAGACUGGCAUCAGCGGUACCUACAGUCCAUUCAGUAUCGAGACCUGCAGAAUCAUGAUUGCCAUGCUGGAUAGAGAUAUGACCUCGAAGAUGGGAUUUAAUGAGUUUAAAGAGCUUUUUGGGGCUUUGAAUGUCUGGAAGCAGAACUUCAUGAUGUUUGACCAGGACAGAAGUGGGACUGUGGAACCACAUGAAAUGAGUCAGGCUGUUUUAUCAAUGGGAUACAGAAUUAGUGCUCAGACACUGAAUGGCAUUCUAAAGCGCUACAGUAAGAAUGGCAGGAUUUUUUUUGAUGAUUAUGUAGCCUGCUGUGUAAAGCUACGAGCUCUUACAGAAACUUUUAAGAGGAGAGAUAAUAUGCAACAAGGAGUUGUAAACUUUCCCUACGAUGAUUUUAUAAUGUGUACAAUGGCAAUCUGAAUACCAGUUAAAGCAGAUCAUUGAUGACCAUGCCAUUGAAGCAGGAUUGUUAAAUCUGAGUGUACCAGCUACCCCAGGGCAUUGGACUACCUGAACAUGGUGCAAUUUGAACACUGUUUGUGUUUUAAAAUAUCAGCAAGGGAAAACUAUACUUUUUUUCUUUAAAAUAUAAAAACUGUAAAGGCCAUUUGUACCAUUUUCUUGUUUUGUAUUUUAUACAUAACCCACAGUUCAGAAUAUAUCAGGCAUGUUUAACUGAGAUUUGUGUAAGAGGCUGGCUAAUUUGUAAUGUGACGUGAUUAAACAGAGUGUUCUGUGUUAAGAUUCCUUUGUGAUUGCUGAUGUAAUAGUCAUGUGCAAUUCAUCCUUUUGGGAUAGUUAGAGGAAGAUGCUUUAGCACCAGUGUUAAAAAGCAAACUUCUUAUGUGGCUACAAUUAUAUAUAUAUAUAUAUAUAUAUAUAUAUGUGUGUGUGAACUGUCUACAAUGUAAUAACAGCUACACUGUUAAUUUUGUUUAUUUUGGCUGUAUUUCUUGCUAAUAAGUAUGUGUAACAGUGACAAAUGUUCAUGAUUGCCAAGUUUAAUAAAAUGCUAAUUACAUUGUUUACUGAGUAUGUAUUGACUUGUCUGUGUUAGAAUAUUUUUUCUGGUUUUAGACAACACGAAUAAAACAUGAUUUUUAUAUACAUUAUUUUUUUAUUUGUACAACUGAUCAAAAAUGUUCAUAUACACAAUGUUUUUAGGAAUGUAAACAUUCAAAUAAUCAGCUGCAAAGUGUUGCAUUGUAUAAAAUGUAUUAUAUAGUGGCAGACUUUAUAAAUGCUUAAAAACAACUGUCUAAUGCACUACAAAGCGAAAUUUUCCCAAUACUACUUGUGCAAAAAUAGGCAAAUCUAAAUGUAUACCGCUCUCCUGAUCGUGAUGAAUUUGUAAUGUGUGUUAUUUUAUUUAACUUUUUUUAGAGCAUGGUAUGUAUUUUUUAUGGAAUUAAGACUCCCUUAUUAAAGUGGUGGUACUGGUACCAGACCUGUA